GCGGCUAUCAUCUAUUGCUGGGGGGUGGGCGGUGAAUCUAACGCCCAUAAUCAGAAAGAAUCGUGAUAAUUUAUUAAGAUUAGCAUGGACUUUGUGUUUUAUUAACUACACAAUAGGAGUAAACGUUAAUUUGACUAACCACGAUUAGACUUUCAUUAACAAUCAAGUCCAAGAGACUGACUAAAUUGGCAAAUAUGUAUAACGACUACCAACAACUUGUGGUUAAGAAAGAGGACAAAAUUCUUGUAAUUAAAUUCAAUAAUCCGAAAAAGAAGAAUUGUGUAAAUCAGCAAGCGUACAAGGAAAUAGGUCGUAUACUACGGGAUGUUGCCAAAGAUGAUUCCGUGACUAUGGUGGUAUUCACAGGAGUGGGUGAUUUCUAUACAGCUGGAAAUGAUUUGUCAAAAGUAGAUGAUAUUAGCGACAUGGAUGCCUACGUUGAGGCAUCGACAUCAAAUUUCAAAAAUAUGGUUUAUGCCUACAUUGAAUGUCCAAAGAUCAUUGUAUCUUUGGUAAAUGGACCUUGCAUUGGCAUUGGUACAACAUUAGCUGGGCUAUCGGAUUUAUUGUGGUGUUCGGAAACAGCCUACUUUACUUGUCCUUUCGUGAAAUUGGGAAUUGUACCCGAAGCUGGUUCUUCAUAUCUAUUCCCAUAUCUCAUGGGACGUUCGAAAGCAACAGAAAUGCUUUUAUUUGGCGAAAAGAUGUCAGCUGAAGAAGCCCUCGCAUUUAACUUUGCUUCUCGUGUCUAUAAGCCAUCUGAAGUCGAUACUGUCAUAUGGCCAAAACUACGUGAAUAUUCUGAAUUACCCGCAGAAUCGUUGCAAAUUUCAAAGCGUUUGAUGCGUUCGCCAGAAAAAGAACAUUUAGUUAAGGCCAUUGAUGCAGAGUGUGAAGAACUGCGUAAACGUUUCCACAGUGAAGAAUUUAUAAACGCUAUUAUACAAUUUUCGAUGCGUAAAUCUAAAUUGUAAAUUAUGUCUAUUAUUAUUGUAUUUUAUGUGAGUAUCUGUGAAUUUAAGCAUUUUUAAAAUGGUUUAAAAUAAAGACUAUUUUAAGUUAAUGAAA